AUGGCCAAGUCCAAGAACCACACCAUGCACAACCAAUCCCGGAAAUGGCACAGAAACAGCAUCAAAAAACCCUGGUCACAACAAUACGAAUCUCUUAAGGGGGUGGACCCCAAGUUCCUGAGGAACAUGUGCUUCGCCAAGAAGCACAGCAAGAAGGGCCUGAAGAAACUGCAGGCCAACAACGCCAAGGCUGCGACUGCUUGCGCUGAGGCCACCAAGGAUCUUGUGAAGCCCACCAAGGUCAAGGCCAAGAUCCCAAUGGGCAUCAACCGCAAGCUCAGCCGACUGGCCUACAUGGCCCACCCCAAGCUUGGCAAGCGAGCUCAGGCACGUAUUGCCAAGGGUCUGAGGCUCUGCCGGCCCAAGGCCAAGGCACAAAGCAAGGCUGACGCUCCAGCCAAGGCCACGACUCCAGCAAAAGUUCCCAAAGGCGCCCCAGCCCCAGCUCAAGCUCCCAAAGGUGCUCAGACUCCCACAAAGCAGAGUUCUCUGUGUGAGGGCGAGAGGGACUGGUGUGAGCCCUGGGCUGCUGCCUGCAUGGCGCUGGUGUCUUCUUGUGUUGUUGGUUGUACAAAUAAACCCAGGCGGCACUGUUAA